CACCAACAACAACAACAACAACAACUGCAAAACCAACUGAUAUUCUGUUGCUGGCGAUGUCCUUCAAAAUGAUUGGAGAUUUCACUAGCGACCUAAAUGAUAAAAAUAGUGACAAAUACAAAAAGUACAAAGGCGAUAUUGAACCAGUUAUCCGGGCCCAGUAUAGGAACAACAUGCCAGGGUUUAUUUCAGCAACAUUGACAAGUUUCAGCCGUGGAAGUGUUAUAGCCAACUUUGAUGUUAGGACCACAGCUGCAGACCCCACUGAAAUUACCAAAGCUAAUGCUGGACUUGCAACAUCACUUUCAGCUGAUUAUCAAGUUGAUAUGAGCUCUUUCAAUAUUAUUUAUAACAGUAGCACGGUAUUAAGUUAUAAACCAACUACCAUUUACUCUGGUGGCACCAUGACUCUGGAGUGUGGACCACCUCCUGAUAAUGUAAAGAUGGGCAUUAUUAGAAACGUUGAGUGGAAACGAAAGGGAAGAGUUUUAACAUCGACUGGAAGGUUCAACAUCAGUACAGAUGAUUUUGCAUCACAAAAGACAAAACUUGGUAUCAAAACUGUAAUUGCUGAGGAUGAAGGGAAAUAUGAAUGCACUCUGAAGAGUGACGAAAUCUAUUUCUACCAAACGGGUCAAAUUGAAAUCAAAGAUGCUCCCAUUAUUCAAACGAAUACAGAAAUCAAUACCAAAUGUGUGGUGGGGAAAGGUCCGCCAUUGGAGUGUUGUGUGCAGACUCCCUAUAAACUAAUGUGGAAAGAAGGCAAUGUAGAAUUGCUCACAAAUGAGACUCCUGACAAUUGCAUUAAAUAUAACUAUACAAUUCAAAACUGUGAUGGAUCAUCAAAAGUUGUCACAUUAACAUGCCAAGUGAAAGACCCAACAGGAUAUGAAAAGACUACAAAAUUGACUAUUUUCGUAGGAGCUAUAAUUUGCAACGAUCUGGAAUAUGGUAGUGGCCAAGAGAAAGACACAUCAGUGGCACCAUGUAAUAAAGGUGAGGAUGGAAGAAAGACAGCGAUUUGUGAAAGCAGUAGAAGUUGGAAACUUCAGAGUGACACUUGUGUCUUGACUGCAAUCAAUGAGCUACUAACCUCAUCUCAGGACUUGAAAGAGGCAACAGUUGAAGAAUUUUUAACAAAACUUAAUAAUACCUCUGUCGAUCUAAAAGAUCAAAUCGUUAGUUCAAGUGCAACUAUUUCGACCAUUGUUGAUAUUCUGAGAAUUGUUGCAAGUGUUUCAAAGAACAUCAGCCAGUCUGAGAUAAAGAACAUUCUAGAAACAGUGAAUGUCCUAGUUUCUGAUGAAGCAAAACAAUCCUGGACCUUUCUCAAUGCCGACCAAAAUAAGAACACCAGCUCUAGUUUACUGGGCUCCAUGGAAUUUUUUGCAGGUUCUCUCCCAACAAAGUCCUUUAGUGUGACAACAAAGCUAAUUCUGUUAAACCAAGACACAUUUGACAACUCAUUCAGGGCAGACUUAAAUUCAAGUGUGUUGAUAGAGAUUCCAGAGACUAAUUCCAAUCACCUCACCAUCACCACUCUAACGUUCUACUCCCUCAGUAAUGUGUUGCCAGCCAGGAACGGCAGCAAUCAAAGUGUCAAUGACAACAUCAUCAAUGGACUUGUAGUGCUGGUGAAGUUGAAUGGAACGACUAAAAAUGUCUCAUUGAGCUUCGAUAAGGUGAACAAGUCGCUCACAUACAAUCCUCAGUGUGUUUUCUGGAACUUCAGCCUUUUUAACAGCCUUGGAGGAUGGGAUAACGCAGGAUGUAAAGUGAUGUCUAAUGAGGAGGGCCAGGUCACCUGUCACUGUAACCAUCUGACCUCUUUCUCCAUUUUGAUGUCAUCUUCCAUUCCGAAAGUGAUUCAAGAUGCUUUGGAUAUAAUCACUUAUGUUGGAGUUGGCAUAUCGAUGGGUAGCUUAGUCAUUUGUCUCAUCAUUGAGGCUUGUGUAUGGAAGGCCAUGACCAGAAACAACACCUCUUACAUGCGCCAUGUCUCCAUUGUGAACAUCGCUGUGUCUCUCCUGAUUGCUGACAUUUGGUUCAUUAUUGGUGCAUCAAUAUCAAAAAAUACCCUUGAAAACCCAGGCGAAGAGACCACAACACCUAUACCGGCAUGUUCUGCAGCUACGUUUUUCAUUCACUUUUUCUACCUUGCUCUGUUCUUUUGGAUGCUGAUCUCAGGCCUUCUCCUUUUCUAUCGGACCGUCUUGGUUUUCUCCCAUAUGUCAAAAUCAACUAUGCUGGCUAUUGGCUUCUCAGUAGGCUAUGGGGCACCUCUUAUCAUUGCUGUUAUUACUGUGGCAGCAACAGCUCCAAGUGGUGGAUACAUCAAUGAAAACCAGGCAUGUUGGCUCAACUGGGACAAGACAAGGGCUCUCCUUGCUUUUGUGAUCCCUGCACUGACCAUAGUGGUCAUCAACUUUUUGAUCCUGAUUGUGGUUCUGUACAAAAUGCUGAGGAGAGGCGUGGGGGAUGCUACCCAGCCAGAUGAGAGAAAUGCUGUUGUGGUCAUUGCCAGGUGUCUGGCCAUUCUGACUCCAUUCUUUGGCCUUACCUGGGGACUGGGAGUAGGAACCAUGGUUGAUCCAACAAAUAAGGGAAUCCAUAUUGUAUUUGCCCUCUUCAAUUCACUACAGGGUUUCUUUGUUUUGGUGUUUGGAACACUUUUAGACGGCAAGAUCCGGUCAGCUAUAGCAGGAACGUUCUCUUCCAUCCUCCCAGGCUCUGACCGUACGAGGAGUACCAGUGGUGGCGCGGCAACAUCAUCAACCAGUGCAUUAAACUUCAUCCGAAGAAGGAUAAGGAGGAAUGUCUACAAUGUUUCAGAAGCUGCAAAUUCUUCCAAUAGCACUGGUGCUACAGAGUCUUUCAUCAACACCUAAAAGUACCCAAUUGUCAUACUUGAGUAAAAGUAUAGAUACCUUAAUAUGAAGUUACACAAGUAAAAGUCCCCCAGUAAAAUACUAUUUGAGUAAAAUUAUUUGUUUUUAAAUAUACUUAAGUAUCCAAAUGAAAUGUAAUUGAUAAAAGCACCAUCACUCAGUUGCAGUGGUGGAAGAAGUA